AUGGCCUCCGAGUUCUUCAUCGUGCGCUCCGAGUACGGUGUGAAGGACACCCAGCGCUACAAGCCCAAGCCCAAGGCUCUGCCGCCUACAGACUAUGACGACGUUCGUGACGACCGGACGCUCUCGACGCAGUACACGCCGACCCAUCUCAACCGGAUCGGGUCCACGCCGGCGCUGCCGCUGCAGAGUGCGCCGGGUACACAUGCCUUUAGCUCGUCCAAGAAGCGCCUCUUUCCAUCGUCGUCGCCAAAGCUGACGCCGCUGACGCCGCCGCAAACGAGCAGCGAGAAGGCGGGCAGUGCGUUGGACAAGCACGUGCAGAGCCUGCAAGCGACGAUCCUGAACCUCGAGAAGGAGCUCUCGGACGCCCACCGGACGCUUCAGAAAGAACGCAAGCACAAGAAUCAGCUCUUAGCCGAGAACACGACGCUGCGCGAACACGUCGACGCGCUCACGCAGCGCGUGGCCGACGAGCGCGAAAUCACGACCCACCAGAAGAAGGCGUUUGCCAAGCUCUCGCAGAAGUACGUGAGCGUUAACGAGUCGUUCCAUAAGCUCGCGUCGGCGCCAAGCAAUGAGACCAUCAAGACAGUGCUGGCGACGCUCGCGCGGGAGAAUCAGGACCACGAACGGCGGGUGCGCGUCCUCGAGGCGCAGCACGCGGACGACAAGAAGAGCCUCGCGAACGCGGAGAAGCGCGUGAAGCUCUUGAAGGCCGAGCUCGAAGCCAUCGAACACAUGCAAAUGACGCAGCAGGCGCCGUCGACCGACCUCUUGGACGCCAAGUCGAGCAUCCAUGCGACGGACCUCAGCGACGUGGGCAACCUCGCGCCGGACGACACGUCGCGGUCGGUGGCGGCCAUGAUCGAGCAUUACAUUGACCCGAAUCUGAUGCGGAUCUUGCACAAGGUGGACUCGCAGUUUAGCAUUUCCAACGCCAUCAACCUCUCGACGACCAUGAAGCGAUGGCUCCAUGCGUGCCAGAGCAUCCAUGUAUCCCUGGACAUUGGCGUCGUCCUCGAAGAGCUUCUCAAGAAGGUCGUCUCGGUGCUGCAGUGUGAGCAUGCGGCCCUCUUCCAGCUCGACGGAAAGAAACUCAUGUGCCGCUGCACGAACUUUGGCGUCACCAACUUUGAAAUUCCAGCCGACAAGGGCAUUGUGAGCUACGUGCUCUCGUCCAAAACGCCGUGCAAUCUCGCGAGCGCCUACGACGAUCCUCGCUUCUACAGUCCCCAAGACAACGUGACGGGUAUUACGACCCGCGAUAUUGUGUGCGUUCCGAUUCUCGACGGCCGACACGACGUGCUCGCCGUGCUUCGGGCGUGCAAUACGACCCACUACAAGGGCUUUUCGCCCAACGACGAGAUUGUGCUCUCGCUCUUCGCCGUCCAAGCAGGCAUUCUCCUCGCGCAAUUCCAGAUGAACGACAAGCUGCAAGCGUCCCAGGCGAAGCUCCUCCGACUGCACGAGAUGCCACGACCGCUCGUGUCCGAGAGCGUCCCUUCGCUCGCCAGCGUGAGCCUGAUCCGGUUCGUCCUCGCCACCGAGCGCAAGUUCCACGACAUUCUCGGCGCGACCAAGUUCAAGAUGUUCGUACUGGACGACGGCCCCGAGAGCAGCAGCAACGGUGUCAGCGCCACGGCCAUGAUGUGGUGCGUGGGCACGACGCUCGACCCGAGCUGCGACACCAAGCACUUUCGCCAGUACUACAAGCUCUCGUCCGGUCUCUGCGGCGUCGCGAUGGCCCAUCCUCGGGGGCUCACGGUGCCGACGCCGUUCGCGCACCCAAAGUACAACGGCGCGGUCGACUUGAACAACCUCGCCCACGGACUGUACGUCGUGCCCAUCACGUCGUACUGGGGCAAGCUCCUCGGCGUCCUCCAAGUCGCUCGGUCGGCGACAUUGGCCCAAGGCCCCAAGCGGGAAGUCGCGCAGCAGCAAAGUGCGGACGACGACGUGCGUCUCCAUCUGCUGUGCAUCUUUGCCCAGACCGUUCGUUGCGCUCUUCGCCUUGUGGCCGCGACGCUCACAUCUCGGUCUAGAUUGCGGGCAUUUUACACCAGAUCAUGGCCCAUGAGCUCUACGACGCGUGCUCUGCCGAGAUCAAGACGGCGCGCUGGGGUGCGCUCGAGACGACGCUGA